UUGAUCAUAAGGCUGAAGAGAAAAUUAUGGGAAAUGCUUUGUUUCGGUGGCAAAGGGACAUUGAUGAUCCUCAUACAUUCAUGGAUUUCUUUGUAUCAACUUCCCAACCGAUUUUGCGCAUGAGGUCAUGCGUUUAUUAUCCCAAAUAUGGAUUCGGUGCAUUUGGCAUUUUUCCGCUAUUAAUAGAUAGAAGGGUAUUUUCUGAAGAUUAUGGUGUUAUGGGCUUGAGAUACGGCUCAGCAAAUUUAUCUUUUGGAGCCACAAUGAUCCCCUACUCUUUGGGAGAUGAGUUUCCAAGAAGUGCUUGGUUGGUAAGCCGAAUGGGAAGGUUAACUGCAGGGGCUCGAUACAAGCCACAGUUGGGAAACAAAGAUGGGGCAAGCUUUAACAACUUGAAGAAUUGGAGCUGUGCAAUUGGCUAUGGAUCAGGGUCUACUUGUCCUUUGAGCCCGUCGUUCAAUUUUGGUCUUGAACUUGCUAGAAAUUCCCAGAUGAUUGCUUCUUUCUAUCAGCAUAUUGUGGUUCAGAGACGGGUAAAGAAUCCAUUUGAAGAAGAUGUAGUAGUUGGAAUUACAAACUAUAUUGACUUUGGCUUUGAGUUAGAGACAAGGAUUGAUGGAGCUGAAUCAUCAAGUAAUGCCCAAGAUGCCACGUUUCAAGUAGCUGCUUCUUGGCAAGCAAAUAAAAACUUUUUGGUUAAGGGAAAGUUGGGUCCUAUUAGAUCCUCGAUAGCUUUGGUAUUCAAGUCAUGGUGGAAACCUUCCUUCACGUCCAACAUUUCAGUUGUAAGGGAUCGUAGGCUGGGUAAAACUUCCUUGGGAUUUGGAAUCCAUAUUGAGGAUCUUCGAGAAGCCAGCUAUCAAAGAGCUGGUCCAAAUUAUGUAAUGUUGACACCAAACAAGGAGCACUUGGCACAAGGUGUUAUUUGGAAAAUGGGGAAGAGGCCAAUGCUACAAUCAGAUGUAGACUCCGGGAAUUUUGACAAUUUACCGAGGGAAUUGAGACCCAUUGAUAAACAAUGUCAUCUUCAGGUGUCAAUGACAACAACCAAGGUUCAUUAAGGUUUUUGAACUUAAAAUUUAGAUGUGACUGAACACAAUAAGAACAGGCUAUACUACUGCUGCCAAGAGAACAGAUGUAGAUAUUUCUCCUGGUGUGAGCUGGAUGCACCAAAAGAAUUGUCUCUGAACAGAGAAAAUCCCCAGACAGUUGUAGGUGAAAAAAUGUCCAGAAUUACAACAGGCGAAGGAAGAAAUCCGAGGUUUGAAGAAUAGAAAGAAAUGGAUGGAGAAGUUUAUUGGAACACAGGAGAUUGUGGGUCAAAUUGUAAUAGCUCCUUUUUUUUUUUUAUUGUAAAAAAUUGAUAAAAGCUUAGUAAGUUAGAUCUAGGUA